AUGGAUCCUCAAAAGCCAGACAGUUUCCAGCAUUACACCGCGCGUUUGAGCACAGGUCGUUCGUAUCAUUACGUUGACCAGCUUCCCAAAGAGUUCGACGCGGGUCUGUCACCAACGAUACUUUGCAUCCAUGGAUUUCCUGAUUUAUGGUACGGAUGGCGCUACCAAAUUGGCCCUUGGGUACGAAAGGGAUACCGCGUCGUAGUUCCAGACAUGCUAGGAUACGGCGACACGGACAAACCCUUUGAUGCAAAGGAAUACUCCACCAAGCAGCUGUGCUCCGAUUUGGCAGCCCUGCUAGACCAUUUGAAGGUCGAACGAGCAGUCAUUGUUGGACAUGACUGGGGCUCCUUCACCGCCGCUCGCUUUGCCAUGUGGUACCCUGUCAGACUUACAGCUCUGGUGAUUAUAUCGGUUCCCUACACACCUCCUUCCCGUACAUAUAUUCCUGUCGAAGAAGUGGCCGCUCGCGUACCCAACCUCGGGUAUCAAGUUUACUUCUCGCGGCAAGAAUCCACAAAAGACAUCGAAUCAAACCUUGGGAAAUUUAUUACCUUGAUGUUCCGGCCGGGGAAUGCGAAAGGACCGAAAUUCACUCAUGUAGGGCAAUUGAAGGAUGUCCUAGCGCGUAGUGACAUUAUUGUCGACGAUGCUGGAUGUUUCCUCACGCCUGAAGAAUUCCGCUACUAUCACCAUGAAUUCUCGAAGGGCAUGAACGGACCGUUGAAUUAUUACCGGACUGCAAAAUACAGGCACGAUGAGGAGCAAGAAGCUAGCCUUGCACCGCACCUACGCGCCGAUCUACCAGUGUUGUUCAUGUGGGGGACCAAAGACCCAACUUGCGUGAAUACAGUGAUUUCCAAGGCGCACAAGUUCGUUCCAGGGCUCCAAGACUUCUCUGUAGAGGACAAGGGCCAUUGGAUGAUGGUGGAGGCGGAGAACGUCGUAACGGAGAAGCGUCAGUUCCCUUUCGCCGACUGGCUCAAAUUGCUUGGACCCGAGCAGACGCGCCCCACUAUCGAGAAGGUCAUUACGGCACUGAAAGGACAAGGCGUAACCCAUCUCGCGGUUAUUGGAUACUGCUUUGGAGAGAUACGCGUAGAAUUCGAAGGCACCGCUCCUCAUCAACAGUUGUACGGGGAAGGUUGUACCCAUGGCUUCGCCAUAAAGGGAGAUCUCAGCAAUCCGAAAGUCAAAGAAGGGAAAGAAGGGUCCUUCAAGGCCGCUGUGCUAUGA